AUGUUUGGGAGAUUCAUGUCAUACAAUCAAAAUUUUAACGUUUUUAAUUCAAUUCGAUUAAUGAUUGAACAGAGUGCAAGCGGCUACAUCCUGAGGGAUGUUUCUGUCCAGUCUGUUCGGAUGUUGUUUGUCCAAAACGAAGUCGAGCGUAUCUCGUCAAUUUUCUUCGUUUUGUUCAUUUCUUGGGUUGUGAUUUUACUACUAAAACAGUCGGUUAGCACUGUCAAACGAAUCCGUUCUUUCUACAGAGACGCCUGGUUUUUAAUCGAUAUGGUCAUAGUGUUGAUGAGUUUGGCAUGUAUUGGCAUGUUUACAUUGCGAAUGAAAUUGGUGAAAAGAUAUCUCGACAAGCUUGAAAAAGCCAAACAUAACGAAUUUAUAAACUACUUUCAUCUGUUUCAAAUCGAAUACGUUUUGAAUUUUGUGGCCGCUUGUCUUCUAUGUACUGCCACAGUACGUCUGUGGAAGUUUUUACGAUUUGCUGCAAUGUUUCGCGUAAUGGAACGAACACUUUUAGUUGCCGGAAAACUGCUCUUAUCGUUUUCUGUAGCUAUUUUAUUGAUACUGAUUAGUUUUGCGGUGCCUUUGUGUUUUCUUAUUGGAAACUACUUUGAAAAAAUUCACACGACGGUCAAAUUAGUUAAACUAAUGUUGCUUAUGGCUCUUAGACCCAAAGAAAUGGGCCUUCCUGCUUAUUUGAGAUUUAGAUCUGCAACGUUUUAUGUUGUUCUUUACGUUAUUAGUUUUACUAUCGUCUUGUAUACAGUGAUGAUGAUCAUAGUCAUGUCUUACUAUGAAGCUAAACUGUAUUUGUCAUCGGAAAAGAUUGAAUACAAUGUGAGAACUUUCGUUGAAGAAAAAUCACAAUAUAUUCCACGGUACCUCAAAUACAAGUACAAAUAUCUGAGGGGUGGAAUUGAAGCAAUGCCUAAAGUUGUAGCAAAACCCGACAAUUUUUAUUACGUCCGCUGUAGAUCUAUUAUUGCAGCUCGACUUAAAAGAAUGACUUCAGUCGCACGAUGCAUUUUUCGAAAUCACACACAAUUCAAAAAACCGUCCUCUCUCAGCGAAACUGACGUUCAAAUGAUGUUGAAAGUGUGCCGUGACUAUCUAAUCAAAUCGGAGAAAGAAAGGGCAAAAGUGUUUUUUAUCGGACAUGUUCACGGAAAAAGGCGACAAUUUGUUGAAGAGGAACACAUCAGCAAAAUUGCAUCGGUUGUUGAUUAUUUGUUACAAGAGGAACAGCCACAAUUUGAAGAACAAAAAGCAAAAGUUCAAAAUCAGAAGUUUGAAAAUUGUGUAAAACUGAUCGAACAAAAGCAGGAAACACUUAAAAGAUGCGAUUUGUUGCUGAAACUGUGUCUUCAGAAGAUGUAUAAGAUUCAAAGAGUAAACGUCAAGAAACUUAGGCGAUAGGUGCAUGUUCUUAAAAUAAAAUAAAACAAUUAAUAAAUGCUA